CACGGUCCCUUCGCGAGUCGUGCGAAGUCUUACAUCGCGAAUCCCUAGUCAAAAUCAAGAUGGCGUCGAACGCGAACCACGGGACGCCCUUGGAGGACCUAGCAGGGUCACGGUCUGCGGGCUGCCUCAAGGUCUUUAUACAGAGGGACUACUCAGAGGGGACGUCUGUCAAAUUCCAGACCAAGUUCCCACCCGAGCUGGAGGGAAAGAUUGAGAAAUCCGUCUUUGAGAACACAAUAAAUGACAUAAAUGGGAUGUUUGUGGAAGCAGAGAAAAUGUCAUGUGGUCGGUACUGUGAAGGUUGUCUAGGGUGUUUAACAGCAUAUCUUGUGUUCUUCUGCAUGGAAACACAUUAUGAACAGAUGAUGAAGAAGGUAACAAAAUAUGUGGCAGAACAGAAUGAAAGGGCCUGGUCACCUCGUGGCUUACUCCUCACCAACCCCAUUGAACGUGGACUGAGAGUUAUUGAAAUUAGCAUAUUAACAGAGCCGGCCACGACGAGAGCUCAAUGAGACGUCCAACAUAGCCAAGGUGUAAGUGCUGUACAGGACCGAUAAUUUCACCCGCAGACAUUCAUAGUUCUCAUGUUCAUCCACAACAUUUUUAUCAUUAUAUGGGAUAGUAUAUUAUAGCAUUAAGGCAAAUAUAUAAGUGUCAUUUUUGAAAGAAUGAGAGAGCGAGAUUCAACCCCCAAACAUGAGGUGUAUAAGUUGGUUCUGUUCCCUUCUUGCAAGUUAAAAGAAAAAAUUAAUAAAAAAGUAAUGGAGAAUGAUUUUGUCCUCUUUUAUCACUGUAGUUGGUAAUUUAUUAUAUCUUGAGUUAGACAGCUAUGUACGUAUGUGAGAAUAUACUGUUCAGAAAAGAAAUUACUUUAAUUUAAUGUUUUUUUUCUCUUUGAUUAAUUACAUAUAAUUUUUGAAACAAACCAAGCCAAUGAUAUGCGGGAGGUAUAUGGUGGAGUGAUGUGAUUUCCAGUGGGAUUUGUUCAGUGUAUGUUUAUCCUUGUGUUAUCAGGGAGGUAACAUCAUGAAGAGUUAGUAGCAUUGGUGAAUAUCCUGGUAUUUCUGUUUCUUUGAUAUUCUAGUGCAUAUACUGGACAGUGAUUUUUUCUUUUCUUUGUCAAACUUAGGUUCAUAGACAUAAUGCAUUUAUAUACAUACUGUUGUUUGAGUUCUUUGUUUUGUUUUGCAUUAUAUUCUUGACAUCGUGCAAGACAGCAUUUGUCCCUUUUUUCCCCUCCUCCAAUUCUAGGUUACAAGUAUAUCUAAAAUCUGAAAUGAUUCAGAUUAAGAAAUGUCAUGUUGUUUUUUCAGUUUGCUUAAUAAAUUGGAAUCUGGAAAACACUAUCCUUAAACUUCAUGUGAAUUUUUCAAUGACAAAAGUAAGUGAUAUGAUACUCAUAUUUAACGAUUCCUGACAAUAUUUAGGUUCCAUAGAGUCCAUUCUCAGUUAAUUUUUGACAUCUAUUUUGAGGAUAAGGUUGGUUUGUAAACUUUGAGUUAAUCUAAUUUAAUUUAUCUCAAGACUGGUGUGAUUAUUUAUGGUCCAAAUAUAUCUUCAACUUGGGAUGUGCAAUGGUGUGUAGUAGAUCAUGC